AUGGAGUCCCUUGGCCACUUGAACGUGGCCGUAUCACUUUGCUCAGUUGCUAUCCCGACUGACGAUACUUGUCCGAGGACCUUCUCGGGUGUCAGUCACACCUCAACCGACACGGCGUACUCGCACCUGAGCUACUGCGUUGAUGACCACCGCAACAGGUCGGAGACCCUGUUCAUCCUCACCGACGUGCUCACCCUCUCGCCAGAGGACACGGACAGCGAGGAGGCUCACCUCAUCAGCCCCGACAAUGUCCCGUCGCUGGUCGAUACCGAGACUCAGGAAGACCCCGACGACUUGGACGACGUGGAUGACUCUGAGGGUGGUUUUGACGAUUAUGUAACGGUCGACCUCCAGACCGUCUACACCCUGACCGACGAGGAGUGGGAGUACCUCCAUCCUCAGGACGGUCUGGUCCCUCCUCCGCCUUCCCCCAGGCUCUUCCCCCGGAGGGCAAACACCAUGCCCCUUCUGCAGCAUCCCACCUCGUCUAUCGCCAUUAUGGCACUGUUCACCUUCAUGAAACCGGUGGAUGCUGCGCCGGAUGCCAACGAAAACUUCGUUGAGCAACCGCUGAUCUCCUGGGUUCCCCGCAAGUCGUGGCCCGUAUGGACGGUGCUUCUCGCAGUUGGAACCGCGUCUUGGUUUCUGCUCACCCCGUACCUCAGCCAUCGUCAGGCAGUGCCUCAGAAGGCCAUCGCCAGUGACGCCGUCAUCGUUCCGUCCGUUGCCCCUCCAAUUGCCGUGCCUCUGGGCGGUGUUGCUAUGGAGAGAACGCGACGCACCUACGGGUACCCCAGAAGUCGCCCCUUGGAACUUGGCGAGGCAGCCAACAUACCCCACAUCAAUCACCGUGUUGGUCCUCGUGCGGCUAGGGUGGCGACAUCGAUGGCACUCUUCACUCCAGCUGUGGCUGCGUCACCGGCGUCUUCCGUUCCCCGCCCCGCGCAGUCAAUGCAAUUGUCCGCCCUCGCUGUAGCUAUCCCGGUUGCGCUCAUAGCCAUGACCUGGGCUAUCCGUGCACGGCCGCGGGUUUCCACCGCGGCUUCUCAGCCAGCACGCCGUUCACACACGACUGGUGCCGUCUGGCCCGCGGCCUGUUUCUUCGCUCUCUUUCUUGUACCGACAGCAAUGGCCGAGCCGACGUUCACCUUGGCCGAGAACUUUGAGGGAAGCAGCCAGAGGAUGUCUCCCGGCACAAUCGCCGCGAUCGCGCUCGGCACCGCUGCGAUCCUCUUCGUCCUCCCCAUUCUUGUCAAGGUCUUCGGCCUACUCGGCUUCCUUGUUCGCUGGCGCGCUUGCUUCCAGAAAACCCGGAUCUACCAGUACGCUUGCAUUGCGGCAGGCAUGACGCUCGGCAUCACCGUCGGGCUCGUCCUCAUGCCGCUAUUCGCGGUGUACAUGUUCGCGGUCUUCGUCGCGGCUGUCACUGCCAGCUAUGGCCGGUGGGCCGGCCUCGACACCAGUGGGUGGUGGCAGGGCCAGACCACCCAGUGGCCCUCUCGCCUUUUGCACGCCGCUCCGUCUGAGAUCGCUCCGUCUGGGAUUGAUCCGUUUGAGACCGACUCGCGGCUCGUCACUCCCUUCGUCACGCCAAUCAGCCCAGUUGACAAAGGCAAGAGCGACAUUUUACGGCAGUAUACCGAUGCCGUACCUCUGCCCGUCUAUCCUCCCCGUACGUAUGCGCGCUCUAUCGAGCUGGCAGUGCCGCGUUUCACCUCGACCCAGUAUUCCCCCGCUACACCCACUGGUGCAAGCGUAUGGGAUGUGGCAUAG